AUGAUAUAUGGUACAAGAACAUUUAGCAAUAAUUUUGAAUGGGUAUUAUUCACCUACAUUAUAUAUAUUUUAGUUAAUAAAAAUUUAUCAAAUCAUGGCUUGCAUCCCUUAUAUACUCAUCUUUUGGUUCAUGCUCCAUUUUUAUGGUCAUUACCUCUUGUGAUAUUGAAUUUAAAAUUUAUGGUUCAAUUUCUGUUCAAUUUUCACUUAAUCAAAACUUCUAACUGUGAUACAAAGUUGAACAAUGCAAUAAGGCUAUUAAUGCUUUCAUUUCUUUUUCCCUUAAUAAUUUUCUCCAUGAUACCCCAUCAAGAAGCCAGAUUUUUAUUACCACUUUCUACACCUUUCUAUUGCUUAUUGUUUUUCAAAUUUUCCCAUAUGUUAGUUUGUAACGUUAAUACAUGCACAUCCGUCAAAAUAUAUUCUAUAAUUAUUUUAAUAAUAAUUUUUUGGCAUUUUCCCCUUUUCGUUGUUAUGUGUUUAUAUCACCAAGGUGGUUUAGUUAGUUCAUUGAUCACCUUUCCUCCUCAUGCAGUUAUUCAGGAUUUGAGGAGAUUUGAAGUUAUUUUAGAUGAUGCAGAAAAUAACUCACAUUUUCUAGGCUUAACUUCCCAGGAAAACUAUUAUAAUUUAACCCUUAUCUAUUACAAAACUUACCCACCUGCAAAAUCUUUAAUUAACCUUCAAAAGUUACACGAUUCUGUCAAAGUUAAUAUUUUGGACUCUUCCACCCAACAUUUGGUAAACAUGUAUGAACUUCAUUCGUUUAUCAACUGGACCCUGCAAUCAUAUAAGCCUACAUUGUCUCAAAAAUUCUCUAUUCCUUGUUUGAUAUAUAUCUAUGCACCAGCCACCAUUCACUUAGAGGAUGCAAGCUUUGAAUAUUCUUCUGGCCUCAAAAAAUCUAGCAACAUAAGUUUUGUUUUGGUUAAAAAUUACUCUCAUCAUCUUAGCAUGGAGGACCCUCCCCUAUUAUCCUAUUUAAUAAAACCUUUCUAUAACAUUACAAUAUUUCGUGAUUUGUUCUCGCGCAUUACAGCCUUUUACCGAAUCUUAAACUCUGAACUUUGUUUAAAUAUGUAUCGAUUAGAGAUAGCACAUUAA